AUGUCAGAUACUUGUAUUGUCUGCUUAGGAGACUUGAGUGGCGGCGAUGGCGAAGUUGCAGUUCCCUUUGCCAGUCCAGCUGCCGAGUCUCCACCCAGACUCGAUGCCGCCGCCUCGAGGAAAACCGAAGCCGAACAUGAGCCAAGCGUCACGACAUUGACGGAGAAAGACUCGACCGAAUUGAUCGCCCACUUGAGACCGUGUGGGCACUACCUGCACAAUGAAUGUCUUACUCCAUGGGUGGAAAGAGCUAACAGUUGCCCGAUCUGUCGUGCCAGUUUCCAUCUUGUUGAACUGAUGCGUACGAUCAACGGUGAUGUUAUUUCUUCAUACGCUGUCGAACACCGAACUCAGGUUGCUGACUUGGACCCUUCCAUGUUUCUCGAAAUCCCAGAAGAGGAGGAUGAAGACCAGCCCUGUCAAGCCUGCGGCGAAGAUGAUAAUGAAGACGUCCUGAUGUACUGCGAUGGCUGUCAGAAACUGUGGCAUACUUAUUGUGUCGACCUGCAAGAGGUGCCCUACGGCCACUGGUUUUGUGACAAUUGCAGGGCACAACGAGAUCUUGAUCCCCGUGUAAUUGUCCGGUCGGGGCGAUCGAAUCGGAGACGUACGCGGGGCCAGCAGCGCAGGCAACGAGGUCAGGAGUCAAGCUGGAAUCAAGUUUGGCAGUCCGUUUGGUCACGCAUCAAUCUUGACCUUGACUUUCCUUAUGAGGACGAUGAAUCAUCGGCCAGAUACCUGAGGCGCCACCGACAACGCACCCAGGCCGAUAGGCAGGCCCAUGACGCUUGGUUGCGCCGGAUGCAGGUUGCUGAACUUCACGGGGCUGGGAAUCGCUUCAGAGAAACCGAACCAGCGCUUCCCAGCAGCCCCGGAGGCGAGUCGACACCAAGGAACCGGCGGGCUAGAGCGUCGCCGCUUCCACAAGCCGAGAGCACAGAUGAACUCCUAGCGUGGCAUGCUUUUGACCAAGCUCGAGCCUCGUCGAACGAACCCAGUGCGACGCGCAAAAGAAAGCGGAAAUCCCCAACUUCAUCUCCAGCAGAACCCGAGAAUGAACCAUCAUCUGCGAACAAACGUCGACGACCCAGCGUGUCCGGCCGCACAUCUUCUGAGGGUAAUGCUGUUACUAUCACCAGCGUUCGGCGACGUCAGCCUUUACGCAUCGCCAGCCCCAUUCCGAGACGACAACCUCACUUAGAACCAGCGGGGCCCAGCUUUCUUCAGUCCCUGCUACAAGAGGUUGAAGAUGCUGGUUCCGGCACGCAUAGCAUCAAUCUCCACCGUCCUUCUCCUCGUCCUGCAGCAAGUCCGCCUGCGGACCAAAGUUCCCCUCGGCCCUCUUCACCUGCCUUGUCACCCUUACCUUCGAACCAUUCUUCGCCUAGAGCAAUGUCAGCUACUCCACCUCCGCCUCCUGGAGGGCUCAGACCCGGCUCACCUGCUGGCUUGUCUUCGAGCAUACAGCCUGUCUUCCCAUCUACCGACUACUCGCCUCACCCAUCUACCUCACCAGAGCCGAAGCAGGCAGAGACGAAUGCCCCCCGGUUUAACGGGCCGAGGGUCCCUCCACUUCCUCCGACAUCUACACCGUUGGCACAGCCAAGACCUCGAAGUCGAGUACCGCGCAUUCUUGAAAACGGACAGGAUUCGACCCUGAAGGCGCGCUCGACGGAGGCUUCGCCUAACCGCGCCACCAUGUCCCUGACUGCAAAAUCCGACGUGCAAAAGCUCGUUGCAAGCGCUCUCAAACCACAUUAUAAUGACCAAACCAUUACGAAAGACGAAUACACGACGAUCAACCGCGACAUUUCUCGGAUGCUGUAUGAUAAGAUUGGUGAUUUCGAGGCUCUUGAUGUAGACGACAAGGCAAAAUGGGAGAAGAUCGCCGGUGAUGAGGUCAACAAGGCUGUGAGUGCGCUCAAAGCUCAGGGGUGA